AUGAUUAAACAACAACAGCAACCACAACAACUUAAGGCACAGACCAUUACAUACGCCAUAUAUGCAUAUAAUUCAAAGACGGCAGAACAAACGCAAAUGUUGAAAUAUGGAGAUUUGGAGAUAGUAUUGAAAAAUGACCAUUUCGAAUUCGUUUGCAAAGGUGGUGCAGUGAUAUCAAAUAUAAAAGAAAUUUUAUUUAUGAAUUCAAAAAUUAAAGGAAUAACGGAUGAUAUAACAUCAAUUCCACCAGAAGAACAAAGAUAUUACGCAUUAAAUGCAUUUCCUAAAGUUUUGAAGAUUGGAAGAUUUAAUUUAAAUGAGGAAUUCAUAAAAGGUUUCCUAAAUGACAUAAUGAAGAAAGCAGAUAAGGAAUAUGUGGAUAGUGAGUUAAUGAAGAAAGCAGAUAAGGAAUAUGUGGAUAGUGAGUUAAUGAAGAAAGCAGAUAAGGAAUAUGUGGAUAGUGAGUUAAUGAAGAAAGCAGAUAAGGAAUAUGUGGAUAGUGAGUUAAUGAAGAAAGCAGAUAAGGAAUAUGUUAAUGAAAAAGAUAAUGAAAUUAUCGAAAGGGUUGAAUGGUACCAUGAACGGACAUCGAAGAUUUUAAAAACUAAAGCUGAUACAGGAUGGGUUUCAGAAUGUUUAGACCUUAAAGCAGAUAAAACUUAUGUUAACGAUGAGUUAGAGAAGAAAGCAAAUAAAGAAUAUGUGAAUGAAAUAUACCAAAGUUUGAUAGGAACAACUAAAAAUAUUGAAACUAUUGCUGGUGACUUUUCCGUCUAUGAAGAAAAUAAAUAUUUUAGAUGGGAGUUUGUACACGCCUUAAAAAAUGGUAUACGGUAUAAACUCAUUCCGAAAAAUAACAAUGAAAUGUAUGUAGGCUAUAUAAAGAAUAAUGGUACACAAGUUAAAGUUCCAUUAGACAACAACUGUUACUUAAACUUAUAUGGAGACGAACAAAAGAAAUAUUUAAGAGUUUAUGAAAUGACGGAUAUGACAUUGUCUAACGUAGCUCCAGCACCAUAUUAUUAUGACUAUGGUGUUGACACAC